CAGUGACGUCUACUAGUGACUCUGUAUUUAACGGUGUAACCACGCUAGUUUGCUUGCUUUUACCCACUUUGCUAAAGGACUUUAGUAAUUCAGCUCUGUUUUGUGUAUUUUGGCUCUUCGGGGAAACAUUAACCGUUAGUUGUAACUCUAACACGGCUGUAAUAUGUAGCAUGGGGAACAUAAAGGGCAAAGCAGCUGUCAAAACGUGUCAGACGGUGCUAAUGUGUGACCCACUCCUCACUCGCAUGACCACGGAUCAGUCCUAGUGGAAGACAGACCAUCAUCAUCAUCAGUGUGAUGGAGUUAGCAGGCGGAUUUAGCGUGGAGGGGAGCUCCAGUCCCCCCGCUGUGCCCUCCACCAUGUCCAUAGACAGGCUGCUGCCUGCUCUCCUGGAGUGCUUUGGGAUCAUCCUGUGCGGGUACAUCGCAGGCAGGGCUAAUAUCAUCACCUCUACUCAGGCCAAAGGUUUGGGAAACUUUGUGUCAAAGUUCGCGCUCCCCGCGCUGCUGUUUAAGAACAUGGUGCUGUUGGACUUCGGUCACGUCAUCUGGCCCUUCCUGUGGGGCAUCCUAGUGGCCAAAGUGUCUGUGUUUUGCAUCGUCGGUGUCCUCACCCUGAUAGUGUCCAGUCCUGAUAGUCGCUACAGCAAAGCGGGUCUCUUCUCAAUAUUUGCAACCCAAAGCAAUGACUUUGCUUUGGGCUAUCCCAUAGUUGAAGCCCUCUAUCAAAGUACAUACCCAGAGUACCUGCAGUAUAUCUACCUGGUUGCACCAGUGUCCCUGAUGAUCCUAAAUCCCAUCGGCUUUGCCCUAUGUGAGAUCCAAAAGAUGAAGAACCAAGGAAACCGCCAGCAGAGAAAGCUGGUGAUCGUGGGACAUGUAAUCUUUCAGGUCUUAAAGAAUCCCAUUGUAUUCAUGGUCAUCGUAGGAAUCAUCGCCCACUUUGUCCUGCACCAGAGAAUCCCUGCUUUCAUGGCUGAGUUCAUAGAUGGCUUGGCCAACUCUUUUGGUGGAGCAGCUUUGUUCUAUUUGGGUCUGACCAUGGUGGGCCAAUUAAGGAAGCUGACCAGAUCCACUGUUGUGAUGCUGAUUUUGCUCAUUACAGCAAAACUGUUGGUAAUGCCACUCAUCUGUAAAACUAUGGUGGAUCUUCUGGAUAACACCAGCAACACCACAAACCACUCCAGCCUCUCAGAUUAUGCCUUUCUUUACGGAGUCUUCCCCACCGCACCAAGCGUGGCCAUCUAUGCUGUCUACUAUAACACAGAACUAGAAGUUGUGACUGCUGGGAUGGUGAUCAGCACUUUUCUCUCAGCUCCCAUAAUGUACGUCUCAGCCUGGCUGCUUACCAUUCAUUUAAUGGAUCCCCAGUCUUUGAUGAAUUCCCUUGAGACGGUCAGCUUUAACAUGAGCAUAGUGAGCUUAGUGGCUCUGUUGUGGACAGUUGCUGUCAUGUUUUUAAGUAAAAAGUUUAGACGGCUACCUCACGUGUUUACAGUCAACCUGUUCCUGGCACAGCUGUUAAGCUGCAUUGGGAUGAUUCUGUGGAACUUUGUGGUGAAGGAAGACAACUUCAUCGCACAGGUCUUCACUUUCACACUGCUGUCUACGUCACUCUACAGUAGUUUCCUGUGGCCAGGCUUAAUAGCACUCUCGAUUGUUCUCUUGAAAAAGUAUGAGGAUCUGAAAGGAGCAUCUGGUGGCCUGGUCAUUGCGGGCUGGGGGAUCCCUUGUUUGGUGACAUCUAUGCUUCUGCUCUUUGGUGAAAAAAGGCCUGACGCUAUUGAUUUCUCCUUCUUCUAUGGGAAACUACAGAUAAUCUGCACCACAGUAGUGAUCAGCUUCAGCAUGCUUCUGGGAGGAGGCUCUUUGGUGUGUCUCAGCAGAGGAAGCUGGACCCAAGAUGAACAAAACCAGGCAGGAAACUCUUCAUCUGAAGCUACACAGGAUCAGGUGACCGAGGCAGAACCAGAUGCUCGGACUCUCAUAGAGGCAGGAAAUGGAGCCGGUGGAGGAGAGUGUGUCAGAUGUGCCUGUGCUGUAGCCACGCCCAUGCCUGACAUGAUCAUCAGCACCAAUAUGAACAACACCCCAGCAUCACUCUCAGGUCAGUGUGAGAAUGGUUGUGCAUCAACAGACUGCCUCCUUGCUCGCAUGGAUGAGCUCCAAGAGGUUGCAGAUAGGCAAGUGGUCCGACAUGUGCUCCUGUGUCUCCUCCUGACAGUCUUCCUUCUGGCUAACUUUUCCAGCUGUCUGUGGUUGCUUUACAACAACCUUCAUGGGAGACUCUACUUGGAGCUUCAGUUCUUCUGUGCCAUAGCCAACUAUGGACAGGGAUUUAUCUCCUUUGCUCUUUUUGGGCUGGACAAGCAUUUUAUUUUACCACCAUUGAAGAGGUUAUACAGUCGCUUGUAUGGGAAGAAGAAGCGGGAAGAGCCGGAGCAAGACUUACCAGAUGAAAUCAGGACGACCUGUCUUCAGUUCACCAAAUACCACAAACAGCAGUGUUGUCAUGAUAUUGUUAAAAAGAGAAGGUGUGGAGUGAUGACCAGGCUGGACUGUUUCCUCGGCUGUGAGAUGGUGGAUUGGCUUCAGCAGGUGGGCUUGGCGCAGGACCGUGGCGAGGCGGUUCUCUACGGGACACAGCUGCAGCAGGGCGGCGUGCUUCAGCACAUCAAAGAGGAGUACAGCUUCGAAGAUAGCCAGCUUCAUUACUACUUCACUACAUAAAACCAAAGCAUGGCAGUUGACUCCGAUUUUAUUCCCAAAGAGCGACAUUUCAGUCAGAUGGAAACGUCUGCUUAGUUUGCACACUGUACAAAGCAACUGUGAUAUUUCAAAUGUGUUUAAUGCUUUGGUGGAGAUAUAAAAAAAAAAAAAGGGAUACAUUAAAUAAGGGGAAUUUUAUUUCUAACCAGCUCAGGUGUUUUAUCUAACAUUUCUAAAACAGAUUUUCAGCUGCGUUAUUUAACUUUGUCUCAGUUCAGACGCUUAUGUUUUCUGAUCUUAGUUGCUCAGUAAGCCCUUUUAGUGGACAUGAUCAAAACCCCUUAUUUGGAGGUGAAACUGGAUGUGCAUGCACUGUAAUUAUUGCAGUUAUCCUUGGUUGUGUGGGAAUUACUUGGUUUUUAGGGGCUUACCAGUCUGUGAAGAAGAGCACAAAAUCCCUUGGUAUAUUUUCAUUUAAUAUUUAUGCAGUUGUUGCAUAUCUCUUACCACUGUGACUAAUGAUGCACAAAAAAGCUAAGCUUUCAUUGCAGGUAAAAAUGCUGCUAUCAGCUGAAUGUAUUCAACGUAAAAACCUAUGCAGACAUUGUUGCUCCUAUAUAAAAACCAACCAUAAAAGCCACUUGUUGGUCCUCGGGCCCUCUAAAGUGCCUCUUACUUAAAGUUAAAAAAUGAAAUAGAAAUGAACCAAAAAAGGAAA